GUGCAGGAGAUGGGGGAAGUAGUGCCUUUCAUGGUGAUGGUUGCUAUGGAAGGCUGCACCAUAGGAUUGACUAUCUUCGCUAAAACAGCCAUCACAAAUGGGAUGAGCCCUUUCGUAUUCGUCGUCUAUACCAAUGCUCUUGCCUCCCUCCUCCUCCUCCCGUUUACCUUCAUAUUUCGCUGCAGAGAUAGAACCGAACGACCAUUCUUCACCUUUCCUCUCCUCUUGCGAUUCUUCUUCUUGGGUUUAACAGGGAUAACAAUAGGUCAGAACCUUGCAUUCCUCGGCCUAAGUUACAGUUCUCCAAUUCUAGUCUGCGCAAUGGGCCUUUUGCUCCCUGCUUUUUCCUUCAUCCUCUCUCUCAUGCUCAGGAGAACAAAAUUAGAUUGGAGAAGUUCGAGCUUCCAAGCUAAAAUAAUUGGCACCUUGAUAUCAAUCAUGGGGGCAUUAAUGGUGGAACUUUACAAAGGCCCAGUAAUACUUAAAACUUCUGUUUCUUCUUCAUAUUUUCUUCAAUCGAAGCAACAGCUGCUGAUCUUCUCCUCAGCGCUGGAACAUUGGGCUCUUGGUGGCAUUUUGCUUGCAGCUACUUCCUUGUCUGUUUCAGUAUGGAAUGUUAUUCAGUUUGAAACCGUGAAACAAUAUCCAGAAGUAAUGAUGGAGGUGGUCUCUUUCUAUAGCCUACUGGGGUCGGUUCAAUGUGCAAUAGUCUCUUUACUGGUGGAGAAAAACCUAAGUGCUUGGAAACUAAAACUCAACAUGGAGCUCCUCCUCAUUGUUUUAACAGCAGUCCUCGGGGGUUUAGUCCGUACCGGUGUUCAUAUAUGGUGCAUGCAAAUAAAGGGUCCUUUUUAUGUGCCAAUGUUCAAGCCAUUUAGGAUUCUUUUUGCAACCAUCUUUGGUAUUAGCUUCUUUACAAAUAGUAUUCACUAUGGAAGUGUGAUAGGGGCAAUUAUAAUUGGAAUUGGGAAUUAUGGUGUGAUGUGGGGACAAAUUACAGAAGAUGAAGUUCCUGAAGACAAUGAUGCUGAAACUGUGGAUUCCUUAAAAAAGAAGAUACCUCUCUUGCAAGAAGAGACGCAAGUCUAAAAUGUUGCUCAAUCAAAAAGCUUA